CCGGGGCCGCGUAUACGCACACGGAAAUCCCCCCCCCUUCCUGGUAGCGGCCGCUGACGCGGCGGCGGGAAUAUGGAGGUGGCGGCAGCGCUCGGCGGCUCGGGGCUACCAGGCGCCCUCAUCGUCCUCAUCCUUGUCCUGCUUCUGGCGGUCGCGCUGUACCGCUCUGCUCCGCGGGAGACCCCCACUGCCCCGCAGGACGGAGCCAGGGCGAACGGGCACGCCAGGCCGGAGGAGCCGCGGAAGGCGAAGCUGGCGGUGAGGGCUCGCAGGGAGAAGCCGCACCAGCACAACUUCGCACACCGGCUACUGGUGGCUGCCCUCAAGGGCCACAGCAGCCCGGUCACCUGCCUGGACUUCAGCAGCAACGGCAAGUACCUGGCGUCAUGCUCUGAAGACCGCACGGUGCGGCUGUGGAGCACCCGGGACCUGGCAGGGCGGGAGCACCGCUGCCUGCGCACCAACAUAGGUCUGGACCACGCCGAGCUCGUCCGCCUCAGCCCUGACUCACGUGUUGCAGUUGAACCAACACAGGGAGAGAACUUGGUGCCCUUGGCUUUCAUUGUCUGGCUGGCCAAUGCUGAGACUAUUCGUGUCUACAAGAUGACCAAGAAGGAUGAUGGCAGCUUCACCUUCACUGCGACUUCUGGGGACUUCCCAAAGAAGCACAAGGCUCCUGUCAUUAACAUAGGGAUUGCAGAGACAGGUAAGUUUAUCAUGACAGCUUCCAGUGACACCACCAUCCUGAUCUGGAGCCUAAAGGGCGAAGUCCUGGCCAGCAUUAACACCAACCAGAUGAACAAUGCCUAUGCCGCAGUGUCACCCUGUGGGAGGUUUGUGGCAUCCUGUGGCUUUACCCCCGAUGUGAAGGUGUGGGAGGUAUAUUUUAAUAAGAAUGGAGACUUCAGGGAGGUGACCAGGGCUUUUGAGUUGAAAGGCCACACUGCUGGUGUACAAUCCUUUUCAUUCUCCAACGACUCAAGGAGGAUGGCAACCGUGUCAAAGGAUGGCACAUGGAAGUUCUGGGACACAGAUGUGGAGUACAAGAAGCAGCAGGACCCAUAUCUGCUCCUGACAGGGCAGUGUGCAGUUCUGGAGCCAUGCCGCAUUGCCCUGUCCCCUGACAGCCGCACGGUCGCUGUGGCGGGCAGCACAGACAUUGUGGUGUACAACACACGGCGCGGCGAGGAGGAGGAGCGUUUUCUUGGCGUGCACAGCCACUGUAUCACAGACCUUGCGUUUGACACCACCGGCCGCUAUGUCGUGUCCUGUGGGGACCGCGCUAUCCGUGUCUUCCACAACACUGCUGGGCACCGUGCCGUGGUGGAGGAGAUGGAGGCCAUGCUGAAAAAAACUGGGAACAAAGCCACGCAGGAGAGGCUGGAGCAGCAGAUCUCCAGUGCUCGCAAAGCAUUGGCUGCUAUCUAUGGCAAGAAGUACUAAGCUACCUGUACAGCAGGAGGCAACUGCGCUCUGCCUUGGGGAUGUUGUUUUUUUUUAAUAACUGUGAACAGCAAUAAUAAAAGAGUGCCCGGGUUC